GAACGCUUCUAUAACAUAACAUUUUCUUUCCUACCUAUGUAGCAACUAGAAUGAACAAUAAUUUUCCAUGAUCAAGAACCUAUUGAAGCUAUUUACAUAAAAAAACAUUAUUUUCAUACCAAUAUAAAUACAUAGUCACAAUGUAUAUUGUAUUCACCACUCACAAAUACUAACUAACUCCCUUUCUCUUUCAUUUCAUCUUAUUAACACAAACUCUCAAACAAUGGCAACUUCAGAUGGAAGCUCCAACGCGGCCACCAAAGAAGAGGCGGUUCAAGUUGAGCCGAAGACCGGCAUUUCUUUUCCGAUGAAAUUGGAUGAUGGCAAAAUCUUGUAUUGUGUUGGCUAUAAUAAGAAAUCUUUGCUUGGGCUUAGCAUUAAGGCUUAUGGCUUUGGGUUGUAUGUAGAUAGUGAUAAAUUGAAAGAUGUUUUGAAGUCAAAAAUAGAAAAAGCCCCAUCAAAACCAACAGAAGAGAUGUAUCAGUUAGCAAUUGAUGGUGAUUUUGGGAUGACUAUCAAAAUGGUAGUAUCCUUUUCUGGUGUGAAAUUGAGCAUGGCCAAAAAGGGUUUUACUGAAGCUAUGAGAGAAUCUAUGAAGAAACUCACUGGCCAAAAAAAUGAGGAACUUUCAAACAAAGUUUUCGGUACUACUUCUGAUAAAAUUAAGUUAAGACUUGGUUCAGAAAUGAUUGUAUCUAAACUACCAGGAUAUGUUCUUGAAACAAAAGUGAAUGGAGAGCUUGUGAGCAGAGUGGAGAGUGAACUUCUUUGCAGAGCCUAUUUUCGAAACUAUCUCGGAGAAGACACAUUGGAGUGUGAGAAGGAAUCGAGAGAGAUGUUCGGUCAAUCCAUGCUUUCUCUCUUCUAAGAGAGUGAUGAGAUGAAAGAACUGGUUUCAAUUCAAUAAGGAUGUUCAACAAAGUCUACAUUACUUUGGAACUAAUUAAGUUAUUUUAGUACUUGUUCAAUAAAAAUGGAGACAACAAUGAGAAUGUUUUUCUUAUUAAAUUCUA